AUGGCUGGCGUUCUGAUGCGGUUAACCUCUGUCAUUAUAUGCUGCGGUCUGAGCACAGAUUCAUCUAAUUCAUCUCAGCUCGUUCCUGAGAGCUUGAUUAUAUCGUCCUUUCAAGAGAGUCUUCAGAUGGUCAAUGCUGCACUGAAUCAAACUUCACAAGGUUGCAGGUUCGAUCCUAAGCCUUUACACAUGUACACGCUCUCCAGACGUCCGGCAUCAGAAACACAGCACAUCUCCAAAUCAGCAGAGAUCUUUCACAUGACUUUAGGGCUUUUAAAGGAGAAGGCGAGCAGGAGACAUAAAAGAUCACUGUCUGUGUCAGAGCUCCUUUCCGUGAAGGCAGUGGAGUGGAUAGCAAACCUGUCUGGAUGCCCUCGCACUCUCCAUCCCACCACCUGCGCCAAAGAUGGAAAAUACCGCAGCAUCUCUGGAGUCUGCAAUAACAGGAAGAACCCGCUUUGGGGAGCAGCAAACACCGGCUUGGCCAGAUGGCUUCCGGCGGAGUACGAGGAUGGAGAAAACCAACCCAAAGGCUGGAACACCGGACGCCAAUACAGCGGCUUCCAACUUCCUCUGGUUCGAGAAGUGAGCAAUGAAAUCAUGUGCGGCUCCAGCACGGCCGUCCUGGAGGACAGCGCUUAUUCCCAGAUGCUGGUGGACUGGGGCCAGUACAUCGACCACGACAUCUCCUUCACUCCUCAGAGCUCCAGCCGAAGCGCCUUCGCAGAGGGACGGGACUGUCUGCACACCUGCAGCAACGCCGACCCCUGCUUCCCAGUGCAGACUCCCAAGGAUGGUAAACUGUCCAGCAAUAAAAGCUGUCUUCCAUUUUUCCGUUCUUCACCCGCCUGCAUUAAUGUCCAGACAGACGUGCGUCCCGCUGGACAACGACAGCAGAUGAAUUCAGUCACGUCCUUCAUCGACGCAUCGACCGUCUACGGCCCUUCGGCAGAUCUGGAGAAAACCCUGCGAAACCUGUCUAGCGCUGAAGGUCUGCUGGCCGUCAACAGUGAAUACAGCGAUGACAGUCGGCCAUAUUUGCCCUUCGUGUCCGUGCAGCCAUCAGCGUGCCUCCAGGAGCCCGGCUCAGAGCCGGCGGCGCGGGUCGAGUGCUUCACAGCCGGUGACAGCAGGGUGAACGAGAUCCUGCCCCUGUCUGUCCUGCACACGCUCUGGGUGAGAGAACACAACCGGCUGGCCGAACACCUGACACGACUCAACCCUCACUGGGGGUCAGAGGUCAUCUACCAGGAGACGCGCAAGAUCAUCGGGGCGCUGCAUCAGAUCAUAACCAUGAGAGACUACGUUCCCAAGAUCAUGGGUCGGGAAGCGUUUGAUGAGUAUCUCGGGCCGUACGCGGGCUAUAACGACUCUGUGAACCCGUCGGUGUCAAACGUGUUCGCCACGGCUGCGUUUCGCUUCGGUCACGUGACCAUCUCACCGCGGCUCAGGAGACUCAACGAGAGCUUCCAGGAACACCAGCGCUUCUCCUCUCUGAGCCUCCAUCAGACCUUCUUCAGCCCCUGGAGACUCGUUAGAGAAGGUGGGCUGGAUCCGGUCCUGCGGGGGCUUCUCGGUCGACCGGCUGCUCUGCAGAACCAGGAGCAUCUCAUGACAGAAGAGCUGAAGGAAAGACUGCUGGUUCUCAACAUCCCAGAGACUCUGGAUCUGGCUGCUCUGAACCUGCAGCGCGGACGAGACCACGGCUUACCAGGUUACAAUGACUGGAGGGCUUUCUGUGGAUUUGACAGAGUUGAAACCAGAUCAGAUCUCGCUGAGCUGGUCGGCAGUGGUGUUCUGGUGGAGAAAAUAAUGGAUGUGUACGGCCAUCCGAACAACAUAGACGUGUGGCUGGGAGGUCUGCUGGAGCGUCCGGUGUCCGGCGCCAGGACCGGUCCGCUGUUCGCAUGCUUGAUCGGGAAACAGAUGAAGACUCUAAGGGAAGGUGACAGAUUCUGGUGGGAACAUCCUGGUGUGUUUUCCCCAAAGCAAAGACAGGAACUCCAAACCCACUCUCUGUCUCGUGUCAUCUGUGACAACAGCGGCGUGACGGAGGUUCCCCUCGAUCCGUUCAGACUGGGAUCUUACCCAGAGGACUUUGUGUUCUGCGGGAACGUCCCAUCAAUGGACCUGGAGGCGUGGAGGGAACGAACUGAUGACGACAGUAAGAAACCACCUAUAAACCUCAGUAACGGCUCUGGUGACCGUCAGCACUGCGGCGGAUGUUUGUUCCCGUUCAGUAAUUCGGGUUUGUUCACACAGACAUCACUGGGCCACAGGCUGUUGGAUGGCAGCCGCUCGUGCAGCGUAUUAACAAUCAUUUUCAAUGUGUUGGUGGCUCCUCGGAGCCUGUAA